ACUCUCAUAGGAAGAAGGGAAGAAAGAAGAACCAUCUUUUAUCUUCUCUCUCUCUCUCUCUUCUCCUUCAUCUACUUUCUAUCUCAGUCCCCAGUUCGAAAGCGAAAGUGAUGGCUGCCGUUAAUGGGUACCAAGGGAAUACUCCGGCGGCAGAUCCUCCGGCUUCAAACGGAUCAAAGCAGUCUGCUCCUCCGACUAAGACUGUUGACAGCCAAUCUGUUCUCAAAAGAUGCUCAUGUAUGUGGGUUGUUUGUUUGCAGAUGGGUGGUGACCCGGGAAUCUCUGCUUUCCCAGAGGAAGACAACAUCUUCUGUUGGAAAGGGACAAUAACAGGAAGCAAAGACACUGUCUUUGAAGGAACUGAGUACAGACUCUCCCUCUCUUUCUCUAAUGACUAUCCCUUCAAACCUCCAAAGAUCAAGUUCCAGACUACUUGCUUCCACCCCAAUGUUGAUGUCUAUGGCAAUAUCUGCCUGGACAUUCUUCAGGAUAAAUGGUCGUCUGCUUAUGAUGUGAGGACAAUACUAUUGUCGAUUCAGAGCCUUCUGGGAGAACCGAACAUCAGCUCACCAUUGAACACUCAAGCAGCUCAGCUCUGGAGCAACCAAGAAGAAUAUAGGAAGAUGGUUGAGAAGCUCUACAAGCCUCCCAGUGCAUGAUUUCUUCAACCUGUUCUGAUUCAUAAAUAUCUAUUGCAUGUUAUGAUAUCACAUUAUAAUGGUUUUCCAGAAGAAAGAGUGUGUGUUUUAUUCUUUUGCUUUUUGUGUUUCUGAUCAUCAACAGUUUUAUCUGUAACUUUUUACCUGAGCCAAAUAAUGACAUGAUGUGAACGAAAG